AUGGUAGCUUGCAACAAUGUGCUUGUUGUUCCAGCAUUCCUUUAUGCUAUUAAUUACCACCUAAAGUUCACUAACAACCUCCUUCCAUGCCCUGCAGCCUCUCAAAGUUCUUACAUUCAGGAGCUUCAGAAUGAAAAGAAGGAUUUGACCAAGCGGAAGAUUGGUAAGAUUCAGAAAGAAAACCGGAGCGUGGUAUUCCAAAGAAGAGAAGGUCAAGAAACUGUGAAGAAGUUGUUUCGCUUGCCUGACAAACAUCUAUAUUCGACUGGUACUCUUAAUCAUAUUCUCGAAUUGGUUGCAGCUUACAAAGGCAAUUCUCCGAGUGAUCUAAAAUGUUUUAUAGACAUGAUAAAAUGGUAUCUUCUUGUCCGAGGUGCGCUUUUGCAAAAACGUCAACAACAAUGA